GCUCGCACUCCCUCCUGGGCACCGCAUCCCUGGCAUCAGGACUAGUCUCUAUCUCUGACCCGUCUUAUCGCAUCUCCGCCCACACCGGUCUCUGUUUCCUAUCAGCUUAUCUUUCCCCACCCCUACCGCUCCACCGCCACCGGCCACCGCCCUCCACUCCUUAUCAAAGUCACCAUGUCAGACAUUGAAAAGGGCAUCGAACCCGUCGAAGAUGGCAAGAGAUCCAGGUCCUCCGGCUCAGAAGCCUUCGAGGGCCUUCCCGCCGUAGACCCCGGAGUGUACUCUGGCCGACACGAAGUCGGAGAACCCACCGGACGAUGGGCAAAGUUUGACAGAUGGAACAGGGCCUUGGAGCAGAAGAUGGGUAUCGAGUCGAGAGGUAUCGAGCGUGUGUCCGAGUCGGAUCGAACAGACAAGAGACUGUAUGGCAACACCUUCGUCUGGAUGUCUGCCAACAUGGUCUUGCCCACCUUCGGUAUCGGAAUCCUCGGUCCCCUCCUCUUUGAACUUGGUCUCGGCGAUUCGAUGCUGGCCAUCCUCUUUUUCAACGCUGGAACCGCUUGUAUCCCAGCCUUUAUGGCUACUUUCGGUCCCAAACUCGGUCUCCGACAGAUGACUUCUGCCCGAUUCUCUUGGGGUUUCUACGGUGCCAAGUUGGUGGCCUUGCUGAACUGUAUCGCUUGUGUUGGCUGGUCCAUCGUCAACACCAUCACUGGUGCUCAAACCCUUGUCGCCGUCUCGGAAUACAAGAUCUCUGAUGCCGUCGGUACCGUCAUCAUCGCCAUCGUCACUCUCGUCAUCGGUCUUUUCGGCUACAAGUUUGUCCACACCUACGAAAGGUACUCUUGGGCGCCUACAUUCGUCACCUUCCUCGUCAUGGUCGGUAUCGCCGCCAAGCACCUUGUCAAUGUCCCCAUGGGUGUUGGACAAGCCGAGGCUGCUGGUAUUCUCUCUUUCGGUGGUACCAUCUUUGGCUUCACCAUCGGUUGGUCUAGUCUGUCCAGUGACUUUAACGUCUACAUGCCGUCUGAGGCCAAGUCUCGAGCCGUCUUUGGCUGGACCUAUCUUGGUCUGAUUGUCCCUCUUCUCCUGGUCGAGUGGCUCGGUGCCGCCAUCGGUGCUGCUGCUACUGUCUACACCCCCUGGGCCGAGGCUUAUGCCGAGCACGAGCUUGGUGGUCUUGUCGGCGCCGUCUUCAUUCCUCCCAUGGGCAAUGGUGGUAAAUUCUUCAUGACCCUUCUCGUCCUCUCCGUCGUUGCGAACAACACCGUCAACGUCUACUCUAUGGGUUUGAGUGUCUCUGUCGUCGCCAACUGGCUCGCCGCCAUCCCCCGACUUGUCUGGCCGUUCGUCAUCACCGGCAUCUACAUCCCCAUCGCCAUCGUUGGCGCCAACCACUUUGCCGAUUCCCUCGAAGACUUCCUCAACGUCCUCGGUUACUGGCUCGCCAUCUACGCCACCGUCGUCAUUGAGGAACACAUCAUCUUCCGUAAACGCAACUAUGACAACUACCACGCUGCCGAAAGCUGGAACAGGUCAGACAAGCUGCCAAUCGGUCUUGCCGCAAUCUUUGCGGGAUGCUGUGGUGUUGCUGGUGCCGUUCUGGGUAUGGCCCAGGUCUGGUACAUUGGCCCUAUUGGCGCCAAGGUUGGUGGCACUGCCGACCCCUACGGUGGCGAUAUUGGAUGGAUCCUCGCCGCUGUGUUCACUGGUAUCGUCUACCCCGGUGCUCGAUUCCUCGAACGCAAGUGGACCCGCCGCUAGUCUCGUCACAUUAUCCUUUAGUGUCUUUAGAAGGGGGCUUUCAUUUCGGUCUUUUACAGAUUCAUUUUUCGCUCUCCAUUUGAUUUCUCUGUGCUAGUACAUACCACCGUUGUCGAAGGGUGAAAUGCCUGCUCAAGAUCCUCAAAAUUACACUCAACAUAAUCACAGGGACCGAAGAGUAUAGGGUGGGGAUGUCUUUUGCUUUUAUUCUCGAUGCAUUUGACAUAAGCUCUUCA